AUGAAGCUAGCCACUCUCGUCUUCGCCCUCUGGGCAGCUCUCGCGCAAGGACAGGCCCAGCAGUUCCCCGUGUGCACCGCCGACCUCGUCAAGACGGAUGAAUGUGCCGACGUCAUCAACCCCGCCGCCUGCUACAACCAGUUCCGCUGGAACACGCGGACGCUGACCUGUAUCGAGGGCACCAACGAUCAGGACCGGAAGAGAAAGGCUUGCAAAUGCUGCACCUGCGUCGGCACCGCCAUGUGCACCUGGCUUACGAAUAACCGUUUCUGCGCCGGGAUUUAG